AUGGCGCGCCUCACCGCCGCCGACGGCGCCGGGCCGAGCUCGCAGACGCCCUCGCCCGCACCCAGCUCGGGGCCCGUGUCGAGCCGGCACUCGUCGUCUGCACAUGGCGGCGGCGGCAGUGGCAGUGCCGCCGCGCGUCGCCGCACCUCGCACCCGCCGCCGUCGCCCUCCAGCACGUCGCAGAGCGGCGCCGACGAUGACGACGACGACGAUGCGGCAGACUUUGCAGACGACUUCAGCUCGGCGCCCUUCCGCCUCUCGUCGCGGCGCAACACCAUCAAGGCGCGCAGUGCCGCAGACGUGCUUGCCGUCUCGCCCCAGACGUCGGGCUCGAGCAUGAUGGAUGCAGAAGGCAGCAGCGCCGCGGCAGACUACGAGCCGUCGCCGUCGCCCUCAGAGCUGCCACACGAGAUUCUGCUGCACAUCUUCAAAUACGUGGCACAUCGGCCUGCCGAUCUUUUCCGCUGCCUGCUCGUCUGCAAGGCGUGGUGUCUGUGCGGCGUCGAGCUGCUCUGGCACCGGCCGGCGUUCCCCAACAUGGACACGCUGGAGCUCUUCACCCACGUCCUCGAGGCGCCCGACACGACGUUUGAGUACGCCAGCUUUGUGCGCCGCCUCAGCUUUGCCGGCAUCGUCAACGACGUGCGCGACGAGCACUUUCUGCCGUUUCGCGUCUGCCAUCGCCUCGAGCGCCUGGCGCUGGCGGGCUGCAAGGCGCUGAGCAACGACGCCAUCGUCGAGGCGCUGCAACAUCUGCGCGGCAUCGUCGCUGCCGACCUGACCGACCUGGUGCAGCUCGAGGACAGCGCGAUUGAGAUGCUGUACAAGACGUGCGCGCGCCUGCAAGGGCUCAACCUCAGCGGCUGUGCCAAGGUGACGUCGGGUGCCGUGGCGGCGCUGGCAAAGACGUGCACGUUGCUGCGGCGCGUCAAGCUGUGCGGCUGCGUGGGCAUUGGCGACGAGGCCUUUGCGGCACUGACGAUGCACUGUCCCGUGCUGCUCGAGGUCGACGUGGCGGGCUGUGCGCUCAUCUCCGACAUUUCCGUGCGCGAGCUGUGGCGCCGCGCCUUCCACAUCCGCGAGCUGCGGCUGGCGCACUGCGGCGCCCUCACCGACCUGGCGUUCCCCGCGCCCAACUCCGUCUUUCAGAACACGCUGCGCACGGGCCCGUCGGCGCUGCAUCAGACGGGCUGGGGAGGCAUCGAGUCGGCGCCUGCGUCGCGCGGCACGUCGCCCGUCGGCGGCAUGGCCGCUGGGCAUCUGACGCUGCGUCAUGCCUCCUCCGGCGACGGCCUCUUUCCGCGCACCGCGACGCUGCCCAUGCCCUCGCCCACCAUGACGCACCUGGCGCCGCCGCGCACGUUCGACCAUCUGCGCAUCCUCGACAUCACCAACUGCAGCACCAUCUCCGACGCCGCCAUCGAGGGCAUCGUGACGCACGUGCCGCGCAUCAAGAACCUCAUCCUUGCAAAGUGCACGCGGCUGACGGACGAUGCCGUGUACAGCAUUGCCAAGCUGGGCAAGAACCUGCACUACCUGCAUCUCGGACACGUCAGCAACAUCACCGACCGCGCCGUCUCGCACCUGGCACGCGCCUGCACUCGGCUGCGCUACAUCGACCUCGCCUGCUGUCCGCAGCUGACGGACGUCAGUGUGUUUGAGCUGGCGGCGAAUCUGCCAAAGCUGCGGCGCAUUGGCCUCGUGCGAGUGUCGAACAUCACCGACCAGGCCAUCUACAGUCUCGUCGACCGCCACACGAGUCUCGAGCGCGUGCAUCUCAGCUACUGCGAGAACAUCAGCGUGCCGGCCGUCUUUUGGCUGCUGCAGCGUCUGCUCAAGCUCACGCAUCUCAGCCUGACGGGCAUUCCGGCCUUCCGACGGCCCGAGCUGCAGGAGAUGUGUCGCGAUCCGCCAGAGGACUUCAACGAUCACCAGCGCAGUGCCUUCUGCGUCUACAGCGGCGACGGCGUCGGCAAGCUGCGCGACUUUCUGCACGACGUGUACAGGGAGGACGGCGAGGCGAGCCGAGAGUAUGGCGUGCUGAUGCCCGAGGUGCAGCGCGCCAUUGCCUCGCUCGAGCAGAUUGCCGCGUCGGGCACGACGGAAAGCCGCGAUGCGAGACAUCGGUCCAGCGAGGCGGCAAGAGCUGUGGCUGCUGCGGCUGGCGUGGGAGGCGGACCAAGUCAUCAUGGCUUGCACCGCAUGGAACGUCGGCAUCCACGCGGCAGCACAGGCGGAGGCGGCGCAGGCGGCGAGGGCAGGACGAGUGCGGCAGGAGCGGAUGCUGCGGCAGGAUGGCAGGAUGAAGAGGAAGGCGGCGGCGGUGCUCCUUCCUCUCCGACAUCACGAGGCCAGAGCGAGCGCGUGGCGGCAUACUGGCGCGCCCAACACACAAUCCGCCACGGCGGCGGCGCCAUCCGCUCCGAUGCCUCCUCCUCCUCCUCGCGGCGCCGCAACGCCGAGUCGCACCACGACGUGGCGCGCCACGAGCGCGAGCGCGGCGGCGCGGUGCCCAUGGAUGUCGAGCCUAGCGAUGCAAGCGCGAGUACUUCCUUCAUGCGCCCGCCGGCCGAAGAGUUCCUUCAAGGCGCCUACCAUCAUCACCCUCAACAGCAUGCGAUGCACUACGGCGCAGCCCAACGCGGCCAGCGCGCCUCGAUGCCUGGAGGCUUCGUCUGGGGCCCGUAUGCCUCUUCGGCACCCGAGGCUUCGUCGUCGAGCCGAGGCCUGCACGCGCACAUGGCGGCUGCUGCGGGCGUGGGUGCGGGCACGGAGGAUGAGGAUAGCUUCGAGUCGGCUCGCGAAGGCGGCGGUGGCGAGGCUGCUUCGUCGCGUGCUGCCGCGCCGAAUGGUCAGCAGGAGCAUCAGCAUCAGCAGCAGGCGCUCGGCGCACUCGCCACGCCUCCGCUGCACGCCGUGUUUCCCGGCCAAGAGGGAGCGCCGCAGGCACAUGUAGACGAACACUCGGUGCGCCGCGCCGGCCAGCGUGCUGCGGCGGAGAUGCAGGCGGCCCUCGAUGCGCGUGCGGAGCGCUAUGCGUUUGAGUCGCGCCGACGAUGA